UCUGUAAGUCCUUAGAUUGAUUCAAUAGGUUUGUCAGUCAGGGGUCAGAGUCUAAGUGGUGAGGAGUGGAAUCGUUCUGAUCGUGCACCUAUCACCAUGGUUGAGACCCGUAGUGGGAUAGACAUUAGCCCCUACACCAAGGAGCAGCAAGAAAAGAUGGCCGCCUUAGUGAAAGAGAACAAGGAGAGGAAGGAGCUCUUGAAGCAGGAGAAGUUAAAGGCGAUCGCAGAAGAGCAGGCGGCAAAGAUGAAGAAGUUAGAGGAGGAGAUGAAGAGAGUUCAACACGUGGAGGAAGAGAGGAGAAAGGCUGUCGAAGAAGCAGCAGCAGCAGAAGAAGAGAAAGAGAGGAUGCGAAUUGAGAGUAGAGAGGGAAGUAGCGGCACGAAAAAGGAUACAGACGCUGAGAUGGAGAAGAAGAUAAGUGAGUGGGUCGCUAAUUUAUCGUUGGGAGAAGACGAGGAGGCGGAGUCUUAUGUGACUCAGGAUGAGAGGGAUGCGCUAGCCAGUGAGCUAGCAGCAAUGAAGGAUCCUAUGGAACGGCGAGAAAGGGAGGAGGAGCAGAAGUUGGCGUUGCUGAAGAAAGAGGCAAUCUCGCAAUGGGAUAAAGAUUGUACGACUGCGCGAAAGAGAUUGAAGCGCGCACUAAUAGAGUACCCUGUCCUCAAAGUAGCAGAUCCGUCCUUGCCAUUUGUCGUCACCACGGACGCAAGUCAGUAUGGAAUAGGCGCCGUGUUGCAGCAAGAUGACGGCAAUGGCUACAGACCCAUAGAGUUCAUGUCAGCGAGGAUGCCCUCUGAGAAGGUCGCUACCUCCACGUACGAGAGAGAACUCUACGCUCUCAGGCAGGCUUUAGAGCACUGGAAGCAUUACCUGCUUGGGGGGCACUUCAAAAUGUAUUCUGACCAUGAAACACUUAGAUGGUUAAAGACUCAGGCCAAGAUGACACCUAAGUUGACUAGGUGGGCCGCAGAGAUAGACCAAUAUGACUUUGAGCUUAAGCCAGCAAAGGGCAAGUACAACGUAGUUGCGGAUGCUCUGAGCGUGGUGGAAAGGGAGGUUGUACAUGCAAUAGAGAUUGUCUCAGGUAGCAAGGUGCCUAGAGGACGAAUCUAUAGGAUGUCUCCCGCGGAGUUAGAUGAGCUUCGCCGCCAGCUCAAGGAGCUCACAGAGAAGGGAUGGAUAUGGCCUAGUACCUCCCCUUACGGUGCGCCAGUCUUAUUUGUUCCAAAGAAGGGAGGUCCAUUAAGGAUGUGCAUUGACUAUAGGGGCCUCAAUGCCAUCAUCGUUAAGAACGCGGAGCCCCUACCCCGCAUUGACGACCUCUUGGAUAGAGUGCAGGGAUGCCGGUACUUCACAAAGAUAGACUUGAAGUCCGGAUACCAUCAAAUUGCUGUUAGACCUGAGGAUCAGCACAAAACCACAUUUCGGACCAGGUACGGUCUGUACGAGUUUGUGGUGAUGCCUUUUGGCCUAUGCAAUGCGCCUGGUACAUUCCAUCACGCGAUGGAUAGAAUUUUUCAUGACUACUUGGACAAGUUUAUCGUCGUGUACCUCGACGAUAUUCUCAUCUUUAGUAGGACUGUAGAGGAGUACGCUGAGCACUUGAAAACUGUGCUAGGUCUCCUAAGACAGCACCGGUACAAGGUGAACUUGGAUAAAUGCGAGUUUGGUCGCACCAAGAUCCUGUACUUGGGUCAUGAGAUUUCAGCAGAUGGAUUGAGGCCGGAAGAUGCGAAGGUGGCCAGCAUACGUGACUGGCUUAGACCUCAGACUGUUACUGAGGUCAAAUCGUUUUGGGGGAUGACGGGCUAUUACUGUCCGUUUGUGAAGAACUUUAGUACUAUAGCUUCCCCAUUGACAGAUCUAACUCGACUGCACACCGCUUGGGAGUGGACUGAAGAGUGUGAGGCGUCCUUUAAGAAACUGAAGUACGCUCUAACACACUAUGAGGUUCUUAAACUUCCUGAUCCUGAUAAGCCGUUUGUCGUAACCACUGACGCCAGCCAAUAUGGCAUAAGCGCGGUCCUUGUGCAAAAGGAGGGGCCCAAGUUGAGACCCAUCGAGUACAUGAGCAAAAAGAUGCCAUCUCAGAAACUUGCUAAGUCCACUUAUGAGCGUGAGCUCUAUGCCCUGUAUAGAGCGCUGGACUGCCCAAUUGAUGUCACAAUCGGACCUUACGAAACCUAUGAAGAUGGCCUGUUCAGCUACAAGCUGCAGCACGAUCUUAACCAUAACGUGAAGACGCUUGCAGCAGCCGUCAAGAUCGCGGACUCCCAGCUGCAACAGAUGGACACCCACAUUGCUACUCUGGAGGCAAGGCCUUCCCAAGCAGCGCCAGGCUGCACGACAGACACGGCGAAACAGCUCGGCGAGCGCAUCGACCAUGUCGUCAAUCUAAUCGGCGAACUAGGUGAUUUCACUAGUCCGGCCACGAUCAGCAGCACGGUGGCCGCCAUCAAGACGGACAUCACCAAACUGCAGACAAGACCGGACGCCGCUACAAAGACAUACAAGAUGCCUCACUUCAACAUCAGCAAGUUUGACGACUACAACAAAACGGACGCCUUGACAUGGUGGCAAAGUUUCCCAACGAAAGCAUCAUGCCGCACUGUCCCGACUGAAGACAUGAUGAAGGCGCUCUACCUCCAACUGAUUGGAGGAGCACAGGCAUGGAUGAACCAUUUUGCGGCCAACAAGAGGGACGGCACCUGUGACCUGAAGACAUGAUGAAGGCGGGAAAGACGGGGAGAACCUGGGAGGUUCCAGGAGAAACCAGAUUAAAAUAUGCUAACGGUAAAAAUAAAUGCCAGAGGGACGG